GCGAAUUUCAAAUUUCAAAUUUGAAUCGACUCGCCGAAAAACCCUCACACUCGAGUGACGACUUUAACCCUAAAGCCGGGUCCUAUAUUUAUGAAAUGAGCAACCCAUUUCUACCCUCACUAUCGAUUCCAUUAACCCGACCAUCUUCUUCUACCGCGGCUUACAUAAACUUCCCUGAAUCUCUCUGUCAAUCCAUCGCCAGAAGAAAAUGAGAGAGUGCAUCUCGAUUCACAUCGGUCAGGCCGGAAUCCAAGUCGGAAACUCGUGCUGGGAGCUUUACUGUCUCGAGCAUGGCCUCAAGCCAGAUGGCAAUAUGCCCGGCGACACCACCGUAGGUGGAGGUGACGACGCAUUCAAUACCUUCUUCAGUGAAACUGGAGCAGGAAAGCACGUCCCUCGUGCAGUGUUUGUAGAUCUGGAACCGACAGUCAUCGAUGAAGUCAGAACUGGAACAUAUCGCCAACUCUUCCACCCCGAGCAACUCAUCAGCGGUAAAGAGGACGCCGCCAACAAUUUCGCCAGAGGCCACUACACGAUUGGGAAGGAGAUUGUGGAUAUCUGUUUGGACAGGAUAAGAAAGCUGGCAGAUAACUGUACUGGUCUGCAAGGGUUUCUGGUGUUCCAUGCUGUGGGGGGUGGUACUGGAUCUGGUCUAGGAUCUCUCCUUCUGGAAAGGCUUUCUGUUGAUUAUGGAAAGAAGUCCAAGCUAGGAUUCACCAUUUACCCGUCUCCACAAGUCUCUACAGCCGUGGUUGAGCCUUACAACUCCGUUCUCUCCACUCACUCACUACUCGAACACACUGACGUUGCUGUGUUGCUCGACAAUGAAGCAAUCUAUGACAUCUGCCGGAAAUCUCUUGACAUUGAGAGGCCAACAUACACAAAUCUCAACAGGUUAAUCUCUCAAGUGAUUUCUUCCCUUACAGCUUCCCUCCGUUUUGAUGGAGCUUUAAACGUGGAUGUGAAUGAGUUCCAGACUAACCUUGUGCCAUACCCGAGGAUACACUUCAUGCUCUCUUCAUACGCCCCUGUUAUCUCUGCUGAAAAGGCCUACCACGAGCAACUCUCUGUUUCUGAGAUCACAAACACUGCUUUUGAGCCUUCUUCCAUGAUGGUGAAGUGUGAUCCACGCCAUGGAAAGUACAUGGCCUGCUGUUUAAUGUACAGAGGUGAUGUGGUUCCCAAGGAUGUGAAUGCCGCUGUUGCUACCAUCAAGACGAAGAGGACCAUACAGUUUGUUGAUUGGUGCCCGACUGGUUUCAAGUGCGGGAUUAAUUAUCAGCCACCAACUGUGGUUCCUGGUGGGGAUUUGGCUAAGGUUCAGAGGGCGGUCUGCAUGAUUUCCAACUCUACAAGUGUUGCUGAGGUGUUUUCUAGGAUUGACACCAAGUUUGAUUUGAUGUAUUGUAAACGAGCCUUUGUUCACUGGUACGUUGGGGAGGGUAUGGAGGAAGGAGAAUUCUCUGAGGCAAGAGAGGACUUGGCCGCCCUUGAGAAGGAUUAUGAGGAAGUUGGGGCAGAGACCGGGGAUGGUGAAGACGAAGACGAUGGUGAAGAGUACUAGUGGAAUUUCGAUUCCUUUUUUGUGCUUUGAUAUGUGGAGCCAAUGGUCUAAUUGGUUUUUAAUGCUUUCUUUUUACCUUUGGACUUGGUGACAAUUGUGUAUGAACCAUGUAUGUAGUCUGAGGGGGCUAUGUCUGUCUUUCAGUGGUUAAGAAUAUGAUCCUUUAUUUCAAUUGAGCAAUCCUGAAACUAGCUUAUGUGUUCUUUGUAGUACGGUGCUUGGUAGUUUACUUAUAUUUCUUUGUCGGUUAAACUUUAGAAUGGAUGUACGAGCCACAUUUUCACUUGAUUAACUUGCUUCCUCUAAUUGCAUCUUAG